UUCAGAGUAGAUGUUAGACCUGUAAAACAGAAAUGCGGAGAUUUUAGGCUGAAUCUUUUCGGUACGGUCAGAGAACGAGUAUGGAAAACAUCGAAUCAGAUUACGGAAUGUUCGAUUCGCCCAUAAAAACGCCCAGUUCAAACGAAUCUCAACAUGAACUGGAUCAGCGCCGUUCAUUUCAAUCCACGGAGGAUCUUCAUGAUCGAGGAGGUGGUCUGCCCAACAAUUUUGGUGGCCUCAAUUCGAUGCUGGGUUCUGAAACUAUUUUCUCGACAAAUUCUUUGGAUGGUCUUGAUCUCACUGACACAAAUUCAUUGGGCUUUGGAAUCAGUAACAGUCGGCCAGGAUCAUCGAUGAGGUCCAGGUUUCAUUCCAAUGAUAGUGUGACGUCAUGGGCUACAGAAAUUAGAAGCGCAUUGCAUCAACUUGUCACAAAUCAAAAUCUGUCUGGCGAGAAUGGCGACGUGUUUGCUCUUACGAGUGCCAUUGUGGGGGCUCUAGAAUGUUUGCAAAUGCAGCAGAGUCAGUUAGAGGAAUCUAAGGCCGAACAGAAGACUCUCUUGAAUCAGCUGGGAAGAGAAAAAAAUUCACGCGAGGAGUUUGAAUUGAGGUCGGCCGUGUUGGAAGAUGAGAUCGAGGAGAUGAAGCGCAAACAGCGGGAGGUGGGAGAAAAGGCGAGGAACGACAAGAGGAAGUUGGACUUGGAACUAAUCAACUUCAAAGACACAGUUUCUCGGCUGGAGAGUCAGAAGAAGGAAGUUGAGAAGGAAGUGGAUGGUUGGAGGGAGCGAUACACCAAAUCGAUGCAGAGAUACAUGGAUGACCUGAACAGACUGAAGACGCAGCAGAACAUGGAGCGAGAGAGCGUGGCUGAACGAGACAUGAACAUGAUGAAGAAAAUCAGAGGUCGUAUAGCAGAUGGUAGCAAAGGACCCUAUGACUCAUACGAAGCUAAUUUUGUGCUGGGCAAUCAGUACGACGAAGACGAGGAUUUGAGCUCGAGUGCGGGAAUGGUGAAGAGUUUCAGAAUGAAUUCAGAGUCGAAUAGCCAGCUGAAUGAUAUUCGUGGAUCAGUGAUAAGUAUCAAUUCCGUAACCAGUGAAGUGUUCAAAGAAGGAGCCACCAUGAGGAUGCAAUAUGGAGAUGAUGGGGGGGCUGAGCUGGGCGGAGGAGAGUCCAAUGAAAACGACGGUACUUCUACUCCCUGUUUUGGAGACAACUCUGGAACCCCUCAACGUCAACACUCGCCACCACCACAGCGCUUCAAAAAGACUUCAAUUUUCCAAUCAGAGGUGAAGCAAGCCACUAGUCCUGCUUACAAUGAUGGCGGGGGAAGACCGACUAGUAUGGAUCUGUCAAUGACAGUCUCAAUGAACGAUGUGAACCGAGUGAGUGUUGACCAAUCACUCAGUGGCGACGACAGAGAACGCACUGUGUCGGUGCAGUCCUUCGAGGCUAACAACGAGCCUCUGUUCCAUGAGUUCCAGAAUAUGAAUCAGAACUUGACGCCAUCUGCCGCCCAUUCCUCCUCCUCCCAAGAUAUUCUGUGCAGCGCGGCAGCUUCUAACUGGUCGUCUCGCCACGACAUGAAUUCUAUUAAGUUCAACGACAUGAUUAACGACGGCAAUCUUGACGAAAGCUUUGAAAACUGGAAUUACGAAGAGGACGAAAACGAAAAUGCAUUGCAGAGGGCUCAGAAAGAUGUGCUCGCAUUUCAAGCACAGGGCUCGAAUGUGAGUCAUGCCUCCAGAUUGCAUCCGAAGUUUCUGGAGGACCAGGCGGCGGCUGAAAAGGUCGAAGACAGCGGGGGGCAAUCGGGGUCAAAUUUAGUGCCUUUGCAGCUACAGGGCAUGAACGAGGAAGUUCAGCAGCUUCUGGAGGAAAAUUCAAGACUACAAGAGACUAAGAAUGCCCUGAACAUCGUUAAGGAUGACCUGAUUGCCAAAGUAGAUCAGCUUACUAAUGAGCAGGAGUUUAUGAAAGAGGAAGCAGAGUCGCUGUUGAAGGCACGUGACGAGCUACAGGAGCGUCUAAGACACAUGGAUGCAGAAGCUAAGAGGUUGAACUUGGAGCUUGAGAAGACAGCACGUGAGUCGGAGCGAACUGGUAGUGCUGCUUCAGUUUCAUUGGCUGACGAAAUGAACUCGAGUGUGAACAUAUCAAACGAGAAAAAGUUCACGAGACGAGAAGUGUCCACUCUUUUGAUGGAGAGAAACAUGUACAAAGAGAGGUAUCUGGAACUGCAGGAGACAGUGAGAUGGAUGGGCAUGAUGCAAGCAGAGAGAUCCAAACACCCAGACCUGAACGGAACAACCGCCGGGGGAGCAUUCAACUCUGCAGCAGACCAGAGGAAGGUGCCGAACUCCGGAGGCAUCUGGAAGCUCUUUUCGGGAAUAUUCGGCAGCUCCUCUUCGGGCCAGAACACGCCAGCCCCUACAAAGAAGCUAUCCACUGCAGGAGUGUCUGCUCUCAAGUUUGACGACAGCGCUCCUACAGUCUUUACUGCUGUGAGAGCUACGAGGUCAAAGAGCACGGCCAACAAAUCUGAAAUUGACAAAUCUCGCGGUGACAAAGUGCGCCGGAAAAUUUCAGCAAACAGCAUUGCCGGCGGAGAUCAAAGUUCAACCUCUCAGAUGGGUUCAACCGCGAAAGCCAACUUGGUGGAUGGCCGAGAAGAAAUCUACGGCUGGAGUGUGAAUGCUAGUUUGCUCAACAAUGCUAACCUCCCAAACCGAAGCAACACAUUAGCCAUAGACCGGACUUCUCGUCGCCCCACGACAACGCGCAGAGCCACUACUAUGAUUCCCGAACACUCGGCUGUUGAUUCGUCUUUCGAUAAAGAUGACUUGGCCAACCAGAAAGAGCUUUCGAAAACGCUGCCUAUUCCCGCUUAUUCCAGACCACUCAUGGAAAAGGAUCCGUCCUUUAAAAAUCUGUCGCUGCAAUGUGCCUGCAGCGUAGUGUUAAUCGGGGGUCAAUACUCCAUGUCUUCAUCUUCUGCCUCAUUCACAACAUCCCCCACCACUCCAACCCCACCCGACUACACACCCCCCUCCCCCUCCUCGGCAAUCCCCUUCUGGGGUCGCGUGGGCAACUGUUCCAUAGUGUGGCUGUGCAGCAGUAGUGCCACCUGUUCCAGGGUCAGUCUGUUCGACUUGACCUCUCCCGCCGAGUGUAUCUCUUCUCUCACCUUCGCUCACUCUCAGAUCUUGACUAUACACGCCGUACCUGGGUUCUCAGAAGGAAGUCGAGACCUGGAAGGAAGACCUGCCGAAAGUCCGGGCGAAACUUUGGAAGCGAACGAAGGCAACAACAGUUACGACCAGGCAUCGGCUGUAAUCGAUUUCGGGAAAGUUUCCAACUGCAUUUCUUCUGAUCAAGGUUCUUCUACUGGAAGCGACUACACUGCGACCACCACCACUAAUCAAGAGGGUGUGAUGGUGGAGCUGAACGAGGCGGAGGACCACCUCAACGACAUUGCCGACGAAGUGCUCAACUCAAGUGGAUCUGUGAGUGGUAGUGUCUCCUCCCCCAAUACAAGUGUGAACAAAGCAAACAGACUACCCAAAUGUUACUGGCCAUCGAACGUGUACUCGGAAAGCGACCUCGUCUCUUCCAGCAAAAACCCGACAGUCUGGAUUGGCUGCGAGAACGGAAACCUGUUCGUCCACUCGGCGGUGUCCGACUGGAACAAAUGCAUUCAUUCGGUCAGACUGCCGUCGUCUGUAAACACGAUUGACUUCGUUGAAAACCGAGUGUUUGUCGGCCUCUCGGGAGGUAGUGUAGCCGUGUUCUACCGAGAUGCAGCUUCGAAAGAGUGGGAUUUGCAGAGCUACCAGUUGCUGGAUCUGGGAAGACCAGCACAUACCGUGAGGUGUUCUGUGGUCGCGCCAGCUGUGCAGGACUAUAGCCAGAUGAGCUUGUGGCUGGGCUACAGGAACAAAGUGCACGUUGUGGACCCCAUCAAUCUCAAAAUCAAAGCAAGUAUCACUGCACACGUGAGACGUGAGAGCCAGGUGCGCUACAUGGCCGUGUGUGGUCUGGGAGUCUGGGUCUCUAUCAGGAUGGAGAGCACUCUCAAACUGUUCCACGCCAUCACCCACCAACACCUACAGGACGUCAACCCCGAGGCAUCCAUCAUCAGAAUAAUCGGGCAAGCUUGUCGCAUCAACUUUUUGAGGAUAACAUCGUUGAGUUGCAUCGGGAACUUCCUGUGGAUCGGAACCAACGUCGGAGUCAUCGUCUCUCUGCCGGUCGGAGAAGAAAGCCAAACUGGAAUUUUAUCAUCUGGACGCAAAACGAGUCGCAAGGGAGCGCAAGCCAAGCCAGGCGGCAUAGUGCGAGUGUUCAACCACUCGGAGGAGACUUCGCCAAAUCAGACCACAACAGCUCUGACGUCAUCAACCAGUUCAAAUGAGAGGUCAUUGACCUCUUCCUCUGGUAACAGUGGCUGGGAUGUCCAACUGGUGUCGAACAGUCACAGUAACAACGAGGCAACGAAUGUUCCGACCACUCCGCUGUCACAGAGGAGUAAUACACUAAUGUCUCCGCCUCAGAGGUCGGCGCCUGCGACCUCUGUCGUGUCAAAUUUGAAUGUGCCCUACUGCUCUCUCAAUCAGAUGAGGCUCUCCUUCCAUGCCCAUCGACAUGAUGUCAAGUUCUUCGUGGGUGCUAAACAAAUGAGUGGAAGGGACCUUACGUCAUCAUUUUCUUCAUCCGCGCAUGAUGUUUCUGCAAACGAAGGGGACUCAAAUGCGACCGAAACUCUGCAUGUUAUGAGUGGGGGAAGGGGGUACAUCGACCACCGAAUCGGAGACAAAGUGGAGGAGACUGAGCAGAACGUCCCAGUUGUCGUUUCCGCCGCAACAUCCACAAUCGCUCCAUCAUCAGGGGGUGCCGCCACUCUGGUCAGCGGGGCCGGAAACUCUCCGCUGAACAGCUCGGGCUUGUCUAGAGGAGCGAACAGACAGCUGGCUAAAAGCCAGAGAAGCCAUGUCAUCCUUUGGAAGCAGGACUUAUCAACUGAAUAAACAAAUCAAAUCAAAUUAUUACUUAAUAGGAAUACUUCACCUCUGGUUGACCAUGAAAUUCAAGUUUGAUUUUACUUUAGACGCUUCAGUAUGCAAAUAUUUGAAAAAUGCUUUGCCUUAAAUAUUUUCUCUCCUCUUCGAACUCAUGUCAAUGUUUCUGAUUAGUAUAAUUGUAACUCUCUUUCCAGAAGUGCUCAUACCUCAGUGUCGUAAAGAUUUAACGUUUAUAUAUUUGGUUCAAAAUUCUUAACUCGCGGGUUCUCUACUUGAAUGCUUUCUUAUUUUCCUUCAAUCAUUUGAAAAUGUUAAUAGUUUUUGGAAUGUAAAAUAAAAAUUAGAACGGUGUUUACAAAUUAUUCGGAAUAUUAGUGUAAUUGAAUUCACAGCCAAUGGAAUUUAGAUCUAAUAGUUUAAU